AUGUUCGUCCUUCCGCCGCCGCCGCCGCGAUACUCUGUCCCGAUCGCCUAUGCGGCAGGGGCAGCAAACGGCAUGGCCGUCCCGAUGAUUGAGACCAACAACAUCAUCAGUCACCCUGAGGGGGGCUGUCCGUUACAGGCGGGCGAGGGAACGUACCGUCUGAAAGAUAACCUCCACCUGGCGACUCCUCCCCCUCAUCCGUCCGAGGCGCCGAUCCUCAGUCCAAAUCCGCUCGCAACGGUUCCGCAACCUCCUACCUCCGGCGUGAAGUUGUCGCUGGUCAGCGUCGGGCAGUGGGGGAAACCGCCGACAUUUCUGACGGUGAGGGAGGCCACAACUUUCGGGGAGGGGAACCCGGCGCUGGCCGCACCCGUCACCAAGGAUCCGCUCAAGCGUCGCAAGCCGAAGAGCAACAUCAUCAAGAGCAGCUCGUCGUUUGUCUCGCGCGUCAUCACCAACGAGUUGUCGACGAAGCGACUCAAUGACCGGAACCCGGAUGGCGUCUUUGCCUUUGCCAACAUCAACCGGGCCUUCCAGUGGCUGGACCUGAGCUCCAAACAGAAGGAGGACCAGCUGGCCAAGAUCCUAUUCACCAAGGCACACAUGCUCUGCCACGACAUCAACGAGGUCACCAAGUCCUCAAGCCACAUCGAUAUUGUCAUGGGCUCUUCUGCUGGUGACAUCAUCUGGUACGAGCCCAUGUCGCAGAAGUACACGCGCAUCAACAAGAACGGCGUCAUCAGCGACUCGCCUGUCACCCAUAUCAAAUGGCUCCCCGGUUCCGAAACAAUGUUCAUGGCUGCCCAUGCCAAUGGCCAGUUGGUCGUCUACGACAAGGAAAAGGAAGAUGCCCUCUUCACCCCGGAGACGGCUCACAAUGGCUCCGACGAGACUGACGGCGUACACAAGGCCGCCGCCGCCGCCGCCGCCGCCGCCGCCACCGCUGGCCGUCUGCCCCUGCAGAUCCUCAAGUCGGUCAACUCGCGCAACCAGCGCACCAACCCCGUCUCGCUAUGGAAGCUGGCCAACCAGAAGAUCUACCAGUUUGCGUUUUCCCCGGACCAGCGUCAUUUGGCCGUCGUCCUGGAGGACGGAACAUUGCGCGUGAUGGACUACCUAAAGGAAGAAAUUCUUGACAUCUUCCGCAGCUACUAUGGCGGCCUGAUCAGCGUCUGCUGGUCCCCGGACGGCAAGUACAUCGUCACCGGCGGCCAGGACGACCUGGUGACAAUCUGGUCGUUCCCGGAGCGCAAGAUCGUCGCCCGAUGCCAGGGCCACAACUCCUGGGUGGCGGCUGUCGCCUUUGAUCCCUGGCGGUGUGAUAACCGGACGUACCGCUUCGGCAGCGUCGGCGAUGACUGCAGGCUGCUCCUUUGGGAUUUCAGUGUGGGCAUGCUGCAUCGACCAAAGGCACACCACCAGGUCAGCUCGCGUCACCGCAACAGCCUCGUCGGCUCGUACUCGCAGCACACCCGCGUCCGCGCCGAUAGCACCGGCAAUCGCAUGCGGUCCGACUCAGACCGCACCGUCCCGGAUGACGAGUUCGACCAUAUCGUCCGCCACCCCGUUGAACCGAGGGCCCGAACCGCCCUGUUACCUCCUAUCAUGUCCAAAAUUGUCGGUGAAGAUCCCAUCACCUGGCUCGGCUUCCAGGAAGACUGUAUCAUGACUUCCUCGCUGGAGGGUCACAUCCGCACUUGGGACCGCCCACGCGAAGGCGUCAAUGAAGACCACGAUGCUGCGUCGACGAAGCUCAGCUCCAGCGCGACAGGGGGGUCUGUCCGGGCGGAAUCGUCGUCAUAG